AUGCCCACCCAUCACCGUAUAUUAUCGCUAGUAUACAGCGAAGUUGAGGCUCUCGAUCUCUUCGGUCCCCUUGGCGCAAUUGUUCCCCGGAGUGACUACUACAAAUUGGAAUUCGUCAACCUCCACCACUUCGCCUCACCCCAAGGCAUUGAAACCUCCAUCAAAAAUGGCAUGGGCAUCGUGGGAACCAUCUCCCUGGCCGAAGCCCUGCGCGAAGACCACUCCUUCGACACCCUCUUCAUCCCAGGCGGCUUCGGCAUGAUGCCGCUGGUCUGGGACCCGAUACUACUCCAGCAAAUCGGUCAGCUGGUCGAUCGGGCCCCCAACGUCUUCACCGUGUGUACCGGAUCAAUUCUCCUCGCCGCCACGGGCCGUCUGGACGGUCGCCAGGCGACCACCAACAAGCGUCUUUAUGACGAAGUCACUCCCAAGCACCCCGGCGUAAAGUGGCAAAAGCGCGCCCGCUGGGUCCAUGAUGGGAAAUUCCUGACCUCAUCUGGCGUGACGGCUGGAAUUGACGCAGGAUUUGCGUUUAUCGCGAAUACGUACGUGGCGCCUGAAGAUCGUCAGGCCCACCCGGAGACGCAGAAGGUCGGUCUCCGCGGGGAUGCGACGCCUAUCCCGGGCUACAGCCGAGAAAAGGCUUUGAAGUUUACGCGUAUGACGGCUUUCGGGCUGGAGUACCGGUGGCACUCGGAUCCCGCUGAUGAUCCAUUUGUGGAUUUGCCUACUAGCGAUGGCUCUUAG